GUACGUUUCCGUGGCCGGUUUUGAUUCCGGCCACGAGAUAUAAGCGUGCGAGGAGCCCGCCCAUCUGGAGUUUUUUCUUUGUUCCAUAUCAAACACACUGCAGCAGCAACAGCACACCAGCGAUCUGCCUAGCUCUUGUGGAAUACAAGUCGAGUCUCCUUCUGCUUGCUUCUUUUGCUUGUUGGCUUCCUUUGUCCAUAUCAGCUCAUCAUGGCGUCUCCCAAGUUUACCUUUCCCGUCUUGCACGACACGCGCCCCGAGGACCACUCUCUCCCUGCCUUCAUGGUUUCUACCACACGGGGGUUUCUGCCCCGUCAAGAACCCGUUGUCGAGCUUCCCAAGGAGUUUGCAGUCCUCGAGUCGCUGUUGCAGCGCAUGCCUAUCAAGACACUGUCGGGCGAGCCAGGUCUGCUCGCCAAGUUCACCUUUGGUGAGACGGUGCUGAAGGAGCUGCCUGACCUCUCUCCUGAGGUGGAAAAGUACAAGGACGACCUUGUUGUCAUGAAUGCCUUGUACCGCGACUACUCUUUCUUGGCGUCGGCGUACCUGUUUGAGCCCUGCCAUGAGAGGCACAUCAGGGGCGAGGAGUAUGGUCUGGCCCGUCAGUCGCUCCCCAGAUGCAUUGCACUGCCUAUUGUCAAGGUAGCCGAGCUUGCUGGUUUCAAGCCGUUCAUGGAGUACGCUGGCUCAUAUGCUCUCUUCAACUACCGUCUUGAAGACCCCGCUCGUGGUCUCGAGUACGACAACCUUCGGUUAGUUCGUGCGUUUGAGCAUGGGCUGGACCCUACCUCGUCAGAGGCGGGCUUCGUCCUCGUGCACAUUGCCAUGGUCAAGGAGUCUGGUGCUCUCGUCAAGGGCGCUGCCAAUAUGAUUGAGAGCUGCAUGGCGCGUGAUCGGGAGGCGUUCAACGACGGUCUGCGCCUGCUUGUUGGAGGACUAAGCAAAGUCAACGGAGUCAUGAACACCAUGUGGAACCGCAGCAAGCCUCAAGGCUACACAAACUUCCGCACAUUCAUCUUCGGCAUCACAUCGCAGUCCAUGUUCCCCAACGGCGUCAUCUACGAGGGCGUGAGCGACGAGCCCAUGUCGUUCCGCGGCGAGUCUGGCGCAAACGACAGCAUGAUUCCCAUGUGCGACAAUCUGCUGCAAGUACAGAUGCCCGAGACGCCUCUCACAGACAUUCUCAAGGACUUCCGCCAGUACCGGCCUGGCAACCACCGUGAGUUUCUCGAGGCGGUGCGCGACGCGGCCUCAGAAGCCGGCGUGCGUGAGUUUGCAAAGGGCGACUCCAUCUCAGCGGCUCUCUAUCUCCAGGCUCUUGACCAAGUGCGCGACUUCCGCUGGCGGCACUGGUGCUUCACGCGCGAGUACAUUCUCAAGCACACAUCGCACCCCACUGCGACGGGCGGCAGUCCGAUUGUCACGUGGCUGCCAAACCAGCUCACGGCGGUGCUCAUGCAGAUUGCCGAGACAUACGAGUACUGCAAGUCGGUCAACGGAGUCAGCGACAUUAUGGAGGUUGUCAAUAACCAGCGCGACACGCUGCAGAAGGAGGUGGCCAAGUACUGUGGGGAGCGGGGGGUUGCGGCCUCCGUCAUCCAGCAUACGCCACCCUCCAAUGCUCGCGGCAAGACAUCCCAUGGAACUUUCACACCGCACUCGAAUAUCGCGAAUACCAGACGUCUUCCUGAUACGACGGACCCUGCGCAUACUGAACACGACUUGACACUGUCACUCCCCCUCCCCCACAUCAACAACAGCAUGGCAUCACGACACGAGCCCCGACAGAGCCCUGCUGAGCGGCGAAAGGGCGAGUCGGCCCUGAGCGAAUUCGCCGACUAUGUAGAGAAGCAGCAGGCGCUGCGAAGACCGCCAGGCCAGGCCCCCGCCGUGCUCGACGACCACGACGAGCUGAGCGUCCUGGACGAGCUGGGCCUCUCCGACGACAACAAAUCACACAUUCGCCUCAGGACGCUUCUGACCGACGCUGCAGAGGAGAAUGUCGCCGCCCUCGCCGACCAUAUCAAGGACCGCCUCGCCGAGGGCCAUGGCGAGGUUCUGUUCGACGUUGGAUUGGAGGACACGGGCGACUCCAUGGGCUUCACAAAGGAAGUCUGGGAGUCUGCAAUCGAGAGGAUAGCCCUUGCGUGCGAGCAGAUUAAGGCCGACUACAAGAUGCUUAUGACAAGAAAUGUUGGCGGCGAUGUCGAGGUCGGCCCGCGCGACGCCAAAGACACGGGCUGCAGUGGGAAGAUGAUCUUGCGCAAGCGGCCCGAGAGCGUCGACGAUGUCAUUGAAACGAGGAUAGCAGUCGUGGGAAAUGUUGAUGCGGGCAAAAGCACCAUGUUAGGCGUCCUGGUCAAGGGCGGCCUUGACGACGGCCGUGGAAAGGCGCGUGUCAACCUGUUCCGCCACAAGCACGAAAUCGAAAGCGGGCGAACCAGCUCGGUCGGCAUGGAGAUUAUGGGCUUCGACAGCAAGAGCGAGGUAGUCGUUUCUAAUGUCCCUGGCCGAAAGCUUACCUGGGAAGAGAUUGGACGGCGAUCAGCGAAAGUUAUUAGUUUCUCUGAUCUCGCAGGACACGAGCGGUACUUGCGCACCACGGUUUUUGGCUUGCUAUCUAGCGAGCCCAACUACUGCCUGUUGAUGAUUGCUGCAAACAACGGCCUUAUUGGCAUGAGCAAAGAACAUCUCGGUAUCGCACUCGCCAUGAAGGUCCCCGUCAUGGUAGUCAUCACCAAGAUCGACAUUUGCCCGCCCCAGAUUCUUGAGCAAACCAUCACUCAGCUAACCAAGAUCCUCAAGUCGCCGGGUGCUCACAAGAUACCCAUAUUCGUCAAGAAUAGAGAGGAGUGCAUAAACACUGCGACGCAGUUUGUGUCCAGCCGAAUAUGCCCCAUCUUCCAGGUCUCCAACGUAACCGGUCACAAUCUCGACUUGGUGCGCGAGUUUCUCAAUGCGCUACCACAUCACGGCAAUUACGACAGCUCUGCACCUCUGGAGUUUCACGUCAACGACACAUUCUCUGUUCCCUUUGUUGGCACCGUCGUCUCAGGUGUUGUGAAAUCAGGCGUCAUACACACGGGUGAUACCGUCCUGAUUGGUCCAGACAGUCUGGGCCAGUUCCAAACGACAAAAGUACGCUCCAUUGAGCGGAAACGCAUACAAGUGCCGGGAUGUUCUGCGGGCCAGUCUGCCAGUCUUGCCUUGCGCAAUGUCCGACGAAAAGACGUACGAAAAGGCAUGGUUGUGCUGCACAAGGCCGACAAACCCGACCCAACAACUGGUGUUCUUCCUAAUCCAAAGGUCUACCGAGAGUUUGUCGCCGAAGUCUUAAUCCUGUCCCACGCAACCACCAUCAAGACCAAAUACCAAGCCAUGUUGCACGUUGGGCCCGUAUCCCAAACCUGUGCCAUCAUCGACAUUGAUCGCCAGUACAUCCGAACUGGUGACCGCGCGCAGGUCGCUUUCCGAUUCGUCCAGCGCCCAGAGUACCUUACGGUAGGCGACCGCAUCCUCUUCCGCGAGGGCAGGACAAAAGGCCUGGGUAUUGUCAAGCGAGUGGGCUAUGAUCCAAAGCAACCACUUAAUCCCGACUUGCACAAGGACAAGGACAAGGAGAAUCAGCAGGAUACGAAGAAAACAUAGGUAGAAAAGUCUAUGUGAAGUCUGUUACGCAAUUAAUCAAAAUACUUGCCAAU